AUGCUUAUUAACAAAGAUCUAGGUAUGUAUGAUGAAAUGACAGGCAAGACAGUUAAAGCCCGAACGUCCAAGUUAAAUGAGGAGCUUGGACAAGUAGAAAUGAUUCUAUCAGAUAAAAUUGGGACCUUAACUUGCAAUCAAAUGGAAUUUAGGAAGUGUUCGAUAGAAGGUAUUUCAUACGGGGGUGAAGUGAAUGAAGGUGAUCUUGCAGCUUCUCAAAGAAUGAACAUUGAUGUGGAGAGAUAUAGGUUCAGCUUGGAUGGAUCUGAUUCUACUGGUCGAAGUAUUGAGAUGUUUGACCUCUCUACAGCUGAUGCUAGCAUAGAGAAGGAGAUUUUACAUUGUACUCAAGGCUCGGAUGAUCCAAAUGCUCAAAAUUCAAGAAUUUCUGUUACUGGGAGAGAAUCCAUUAUCAAGGGUUUCAAUUGGUAUGAGAAUUUUCAGCAGAUCCCUCAGAGACUGUGCGGGGAGAGCUCCACGAACCGAACGAAUCGCCUUUUCAGUCAGACUGUCGAUAACGUAAUCCGGCCAAAGAGAAACCACGCUACCCCCAUGGAUCCACGGCUGUCAUCGGCUAAGGCUACGAUAAGUUCAGAAAGAGAAGAACUACUAGAGAAUGCCCCUGAGAUGAUCGAGAAAGAUUUGCUUUUACUAGGUGCUGUUGCAGUGGAAGAUAAAUUGCAGAAGGGGGUUCCUCAAUGCAUUGAUAAAUUUGUGCAAGCAGGCCUAAAGAUCUGGCUCCUAACUGGUGAUAAAAAAGAAACAGCAAUAAACAUUGGAUAUGCUUGCAGUUUACUUCGGCAGGAUAUGAAACAGCUUCAUUUGAAGUUGAGCACAAAAUUGGAAUCUAAACAUCAAGUGAAGGAUGUCAAAGAAGAAAUUUUACUGCAAGUAGAAAGUUAUAACCAAAUGAUUAUUCAAGAAGACAGAAAAGACGCCCCUUUCGCUUUAGUUGUUGAUGGCCAAGCUCUGGAGAUAAGUUUGAGUCGCAAUCUGAAACACCAGUUCUUCUCCUUGGCUAUGAACUGCGAUGUGGUCAUAUGCUGCCGUGUUUCUCCCAAACAGAAAGCCUUGGGUAGGAUUGAGUCUUCUGGUUUCAUUGGAGUUGUUGAUUUUUCUUACAAAAAACCACUUAUUAAUCUGUUUUGUUCAUUGAAAAAUGUUGAGAUUACUCGAUUGGCAAAACGGCAUUCUGGAAAGACAAUUUUGGCAACUGGUGAUGGUGCUAAUGAUGUUGGCAUGAUCCAGGAAGCUGAUAUCGGAAUUGGAAUCAGCGGCAUGGAAGGAAUGCAGAACAAAAAGACCUCCCCAUCUUCAUUGCGUACUAUCACAGACAUCCUCUUUCUGGAGCUAUUGAACUCCAAUAGAUUCAAGAGCUUGUAUUCUCUGAAUAUGAUCUUGAUGUGCUGGAUCAAGCUCUUGAAGAAACAUAGUAGACUGAUGUGCUGCAAUCAGGAAGGCAACUUCCUCAGGAGACUCUGCCUCAUACAUCAUUCUAUCGCUGUGGUCGUUUUCAACAGGAAUGCCCGUGUGGCAAAAAGCCAUGACUCUGAAGAACGUGACCAUAUUACUCGAUUGGCAAAACAGCAUUCUGGAAAGACAAUUUUGGCAACCGGUGAUGGUGCUAAUGAUGUUGGCAUGAUCCAGGAAGCUGAUAUUGGAAUUGGAAUCAGCGGCAUGGAAGGAAUGCAGCUGAGGUUCAUUGCAGAAAACCACCCGAGAAAAUCCCGGCUGUCCAAGAAGACUUUGAAUAGGUGCAGAAUCAGUAGUGCUAGGCCGCAAGCAUGCAAAAGUACACAGUUUGCUCCAUAUCACUUUCUGCUUCCUUCUCCUUGA